UGAAGAAUUUCAAUUGAAAAACUUACGAGCAUUGUAUGAGACAUCAAGACUGCGUUAAAAAAAACAGCUAUCCUUUUCGGUGUCACAACGAACGAGAGUGAAAAAAUGGUUGGAGCAUUAUUGGAUAUAAUGAAAUCAAUUGAGGUCGAUCAUCAAGAGUACGAAGACGUGUUGAUAAAAAGUAGAAUUCAGCCAAUCUUAAACCAUUUCCUUACAAUCGACAAAAAUCGAGAAUUAUGUGGGUAUGUAUUUUAUGAUAAUUUGUUUUCCUUACUGUUUAUGUGUGUUGGGAAUAGAAAUGCAGAAAAAAGUCAAGGAAGUAAACAAAGACGUAAAAGAGGUCGAAUUCCCGAUGCUUCGUACAAAGUGAAAUAUAAUGAUUAUAAGCAACAAAUUGUAAUAGCCGAAGUCAAGACAAAAGAAUACAACAAUGCCGUGAAGCAUCCUGACUUUAUCAAGAUAGCCAACAUGAUGAAAGACGAAAUCGACUAUAUGAUAAACACAAACUGUCCUCAUGAUUUACCUGUGUUUGGACUACUUGUGAGUGGUCGAUUUGUUUAUAUAUUGGGAAUGGAUUUGAUGUAUUCAGGCGUGUAUCGUUUGUUUGAUAUUGGUCGGUGUGUUCUUCCUACUUGUAUUGAGGAUUUGUGUGUUCUUGACAACACGUUCAAGGUUAUGUAUCAUUUAGAGGUAAAUUGAAAACUAUUCCUUCAUUUUUCAACGUUAAUCAAUCACAUGUAAUUUAGAACUUGGUUCAUCGUACUUGCAGUA